UUCGCGACAGCAUCUACACAUUUUAAACCGUAUUUCAACGCGUUGAAAUUGCUGCAUGAAAAUGAAGCCAGUGAGUUACCAAUGGAAGACACAAUCCUUCGUUGUCAUCACAAGCCUAAACCACCAAAAUAUUUGCUCCCAUCAAGCGGAUUUACCGGGAUACCCUACUAUAAUUUAUCAGCUUUGAUGCGGACAGAAGAAAAAGUAUCAGUUCCCAUCCUGACCACUGUGAAAUGGCCGCCAACUGAGGAAAUGUGUCUGAAUGAACUUCAGAGAGAAGCCGUCAUGUUGGCAUUGACUAAAGAGGUUUCUGUCAUACAAGGACCUCCAGGAACAGGAAAGAGCCAUGUCGGAAGGAAGAUCUUAGAGGUCCUUUUAAACAACGAACCUUUCAGUAGCCAUGACAAAACAGGCCAAGAAAAUGAACCGUGCUCAAAAGGACCUAUUCUAAUUGUGUGUAAGACUCUGAAAGCUCUAAAGAAACUACUCAAAGGAUUUUCUUCACACAAAAAGUUCCCAGGGAUGUGGGGUCACGUUGGCUCUAGACAAUCGACCGUGGUGUUAGAUGAAUACGACUCGCUGGAAUCAUCGGUACGUACAACAUUGUCAUUGAAAAAUACGAAUCGGAAUCGUUCAGUGAACGAACAAAUUGACCAGCUCAAUAAAAUUAUGGGUUCGCUUGAGACGGAAAUUCAAUCAACGGAUAUUCUAAGACCGUACAUGCUUGACCAUCACUACGCUUCUCUUGCUCGAGCUACUGAAUUCACCAAUGGUAAUCAAACAUUAAAAUUAUGGCUGAACACCCCUCUACAUUCUCCGAUGAUAACUUUUAAGAAACCAAUUGAGCAGCGACUAAAGGAGCUUGUG